CAACCUACGUUUUUGGGUGCUGGAUUUUGGGGGGUGGACACGCACUGACUGAAAGAGUUUCACACCAUGGCCGGUCGCUAUCAGCAUAGCAAGACCACUAUUGGCGUGGACCUUUUCCAAAAAGUUUCCGAAGCACGCGUGCUGAUGGUCGGUGCGGGCGGGAUUGGAUGUGAACUUUUGAAGAACCUUGUCAUGUCCGGCUUUAGCUACGUGGAAGUGGUAGAUCUAGAUACAAUUGACAUGUCCAACUUGAACAGGCAGUUCUUGUUUCAGCGACAUCAUAUCGGCAAAGCAAAGGCCUCCGUCGCGCGAGAAUCCGCCCUUCACUUCAACCCAGAUGCGAAGAUUGUGGCACACCAUGCCAGUAUCUACGAACCGCAGUUUGACAUCUCUUGGUUCAAGUCAUUUGAUAUAGUCUUAAAUGCUCUCGAUAAUUUAGCCGCACGUCGUCAUGUGAACGGAAUGUGCUUGGCAGCAGGUGUGCCUUUGAUCGAAUCUGGAACAGAAGGGUUCAGGGGUCAAGUAACACUCCACAUGAAGCGUUUGACGCGCUGUUAUGACUGCGAUGCGAAACCGACGAAGAAGACCUAUCCAGUAUGUACCAUUCGAAGCACGCCAAGUGCACCUAUACACUGUAUUGUAUGGGCGAAAAGCUACCUCUUCAAUCAGCUGUUUGGUAACACAGAAGAGGAAGAGCCAACCAUAAACCUCGAAGAGACAUCUCAGAACGCCGAGGAAAUGGCCCAUCUCCGCCAUGAAAAUGAGGCAUUGAAACGUUUGAGGGAUGCCAUUGGGUCAGAUGCAUACGGAAAGCUGGUGUUUGAGAAGGUAUUCACAGAUGAUAUCAAGGGUUUACUUCUAAUGGAGGAGCUGUGGAAGAACCGUCGACCGCCCACUCCACUAAAUUUUGAAGAAAUAGCGGGUAACCGAAAGAGCACAAAACCAAUGAGAGACAGUGUGGAGUGGAAUCAAUGGGACCACAAAGUUUGGACUUUGGAAGAGAAUGCCGAAGUAUUUCUCGAGAGCGUGCCUGAGCUUGCCAAACGGCUCCUGGAACAGCGGAGGACCGAUCCAAACUACAGUUUGAGUUUCGACAAGGACGAUGACGAUGCCCUGAACUUCGUCACCGCGACCGCCAACUUGCGGGCAUACAUAUAUGGAUUGGAGCAGAAAAGCAGAUUUGCGGUGAAAGAAAUGGCAGGAAACAUCAUUCCAGCCGUUGCAACAACAAAUGCAAUCAUUGCCGGACUCAUUGUUCUUACGGCGAUGAAAGUGCUUGGAGGAAAUUGGUCUGACUGCAAAAACACAUGGGUUGCCAGCACUAUCAACCCUGAACGACUGGAUAAACCCAACUCAAACUGUGCUGUAUGCACAACAGGCUCCUUUAUCCUGACAAUCAACACGCGCACGGCGACAUUACGGGACUUAGUGGAGCGCGUCAUUCAGCAACAUCCCGAGGGCGAGGACGAAAGUCAAGGAUUGGGUAUAUCCGGAGAAAUAACAGUUCAGGAAGGGGAUAGGUUGCUAUAUGAUCCGGAUUUCGAAGACAAUAUGGAUGUGACAUUGAAAGAUUUGGGAAUUUUGCAUGCAUCCCGAGUGAUGAUAACAAACGAUGACGAUGACGAAGAGACCAAAAACGUCACUGUGGUCUUACAUAUUGUCCAUAGUGACAGUCUUGGUGAAUCGGAAACUCUCUUUAUACUUGAUGGGGAUAGAGAUAUUCCUCCUCGUCCUCGGAAGCCUGAGCCUGAAACUAACGAGACCAAACGCUCUGCAAACGACCUGACGGAGAUAAACGGCGAAUCCAGCUUGACCAAAAGAAGGAAAAUGGACCCAGAAGUUACGGCGGUUGAUGACGAUGUGGUCGUUGUUGGCGAUUGAAGUUAACUAAGGUAAUGAAGGAGGGUGACCUCGAAGCUGUGAUUAUAUAGACAGCAAUGUAGGGGGCAAUAUAGGCAAGUUGCUUAUCAGCUUAGUGGGAUGUCCACUCCGCGUGGUAUAAUAUAAUUGUAUAUAUACGAAGUUUCACAAUGUAUCUCAAGCGCUG